CGCAUUCAGAAGAGGAUAUCAGCGGUCCCCCCCAGAACCGGCCGAGUUGUACGCGAGUCAUACGAUUCGGACUCGAGUCUUUCAACUAAGUAUGCACGCGUCGCGAAUCACGCACGUACAACGGCGCUGACAUCGCGGUGUGGGUAUAUCACACAGUGUGUGACGUGUGCCUUUCGUGCAUGCGUAUAUGCACGUGCGUGCGUGCGUGCGUGCGUCCGUACGUGUAUGUGUGUCACGAUUCGCGGGCGAUCGCGACGCACGGGCGUACACAUGAACCCGGAUCGCCGUGAUACGCGGGUUCACGUUGGUGUCGUCGCUUCGCGGUCCGAAAGCGAUUCGUGCACUUCGCGGUUCCGAGAACUUCUGUUCCGAGAAGAGGAAAUGGGAAAAGAGGAAGUGAACUGUGAACGAACACGCGCUAUGCCGCGCAGACGAUAAUACACGUGACACGUUCGAGAGACACGCGCACGCGCGCGCGCGCGUGCGUGCGCGAUCGUGUAUAUGCACAUAGUGCGCUGGAUGUGUAGUCUCGUUAUCAAUCGAGUGAUACGCGGAUGACUUUUGUUCGACUCGUCGAUUCGCACCCGAUUCGCAUUUCGAGGCACGCUGCGAUCUGACAGGUAACGCACUCCGCGUGACACGUGAUGACGCGCGUGGAAGAGUGUCAUCGCAUGACGCUCUCAUACUCGCGCUCACAACGCGCUCCGAAAAGCGCGCGCUCUCCCGAUCUCGAUCUCUCGCGUUCGCGGCGUGACGCACAAAUUGCUCUUCCUCGUUUAGUGAAAGUGCAAGUAUUUUUCGCGAUGCUUGCGUAACAAUGCUGAAUCUUCAAAAAUAUUCGCGGAUUAAGAUUCGCGCAGCAGAUACAGUCGUGUAAAAUACGACAAAAUUAAUGAAAAAAUAUAUAUCGUAAAAGCAUGUUAUUUUCUAUGACUAUUGCUUCUUUAAAUUGCAUCAUUAUUUAAAGAGUUUUUUUUAGAAAAGAAAGCACUUUAAAUGACGUUGCAACCAUCAUUUUGAUGAAAAGUGAUGUUUUAAUAGAAAAAUGUUGCUUGUACAUUGGCUAAUAUGUUUUUUACAUUUUUCGUAAAAUUAAAAAAAAAUGUCGAAUAGCGUGUUCUUCGAAAGAACUCUUUAUUUGCCGAUAUUGUUUAAAAUGUAAUUGCUUAAGUAAUUUAGAAAAUUACCAGUGCGAUUAUUAUUCAGCGAUCGUUUGAUGUAACGACCGUCCGCGUGGAAAUUGUUUGAACGUCGUAAGACAUUCGUAAACAUUGUCGAGCACGAGAAUUUUGUAACAAAUCAUAUUGGAUUGAUAGCCGUGCGCACCUGCGAUGACACUAUCUCUAGCUAUCAGAACGUCGUAAAGAGUCGCGCAACAUAGUCGGUCGUGUCUGCAAAGAGUACGCGCUCAGUCACGUGGACGUCUCUCGUCAUUACGUCAAGACGAAAGAAAGUUGUUUUAGCGGGUUUUAGUUGUAAAAUGGAUACAAGAAAAUAUCGAAUUUGAACAGAGGUGGUCAUGCGAUUAUGGACACCGAGAGCGGUAACAACGACAGCGGCAUUAGCGGCAGCAUCAGUGACGAGCCGCGCAACGGCAGUAAGCCCGUUCUGCCGAUGCACUGCGAUGCUACCCACAGCAAGUUCCUCGGCAAGCAGGGAGGCUGCAUACGUAAAAUGAGUACGAUGUUCGAAGAAGAGGACGACGUGUCCGACGACGCGGAUACGGACGUAAGGAUCCAUCGUCAUCAGCACCAGAGACGCAACCCCGAGGUCAGCAUCGAGGCCGAGUGGUCCUCGGAGGAGGAGAGAGGUCGUCUACUGAACACCGCUGAACGUGAGAUCUUUGUUGUGCCGAGCGCAAGUGGUAACGUUAGAAGGACGAUCAACCGCGGCGACAGUCCUGAGACUCCUGAGAGCGUUCCUCGGGAUAGGGGCCAUCGUCGGCGGCCGCAACCGCGGCUGUUGGUCGAUCAGGCCGAGUCCGGGUCGAGCUCGGAACGCGACAAUGGACCGCACAGCCCCGCCAGAUCGAGCGCCAGGAGCCUCGAUCCACGGCACUAUCGUCAUUAUUGUCCCAACGUGCGCUCGCCUAGGAUCCCCAACAUGGAUGAGAAUCGUCAGCAGCUGCACUGUCCCUGCUGCCAUCAGUUAUCACCUGCCUGGGCCUCCGUUCUGUACACGGAGACCAACGGAAGUCAGACGCGCUCGUACCCCGAUACGAUCUCGAUCAGAUCCCUGGCGUCAAUCGGCCUGGGCUCUUCCGACGGCCGGAAGCUCACGAUACGUAGAGUUCCCACUUCGCCGUCGGAGCUGCUUAACGUGGUACAUCCGCCGCCUUUCGAGGACGACGUUUCCACGUGCACCAGUUAUGACGAUCCGGAUGCGGACGAUCCCGGUGAUUAUCGGCAGCCCAGGAGGCCGCACUGGGCGAAUAAGAUGGAAUUCGUGCUCGCCUGUAUUGGCUAUUCCGUCGGUCUCGGUAACGUCUGGAGAUUUCCCUACUUAUGCUACAAAAGUGGCGGCGGUGUGUUCCUCGUGCCUUACUUUUUAAUACUCGUAGUAUGUGGCGUACCGUUGCUGUACAUGGAGCUCAGCAUCGGACAGUUCACUCGUCGCGGCCCAAUCGGUGCCCUGGGUCAAAUGUGUCCGUUAUUGAAAGGAGCAGGUUUAUCAUCAGUCGUAAUAUCGUUUUUACUGUCUACCUACCAUAAUGUGAUAAUAGCCUAUGCAAUUUACUAUUUCUUCGCGGCAUUCCGACCGGAGCAACCAUGGUCACGUUGUGACAACUCGUGGAACUCACAGCGCUGUUGGCUGCCCAGUUAUGGAACUAUCGAUAAUCGAACUCGACCGAAUCUGACGAGAACACCUUCCGAGGAGUUCUUCGACAACAAGGUCCUGCAAAUGAGUAGCGGCAUUGAAGAACCGGGAAUUUUAAGAUGGGAACUCGUGGCAUGCUUGAUAACUGCAUGGAUUUUAGUAUAUUUUUCUAUCUGGAAGUCCAUCAAGUCAUCGGCGCAAGUGAGAUACCUGACGGCAACGCUACCUUUCCUCCUAAUCGUGGUCUUCCUCACGCGAUCCCUCACUCUGGAGGGCGCCGCGAAAGGUCUGCAAUUCUUUUUUCAUCCACGCUGGGAAUUGCUUGGCGAUGCAAAGGUCUGGAUUAACGCUGCGGCGCAAGUCUUCAAUUCUGUGGGGAUCGCCUUCGGCUCGAUGAUAUGUUUUGCGAGUUACAAUCGAUUCCACAACACGGUCCUCGUAGACACAGUCGCCGUUUCGCUCAUAAACGCUUUCAGUAGUCUACUGGUUGGAAUAUUCUCGUUCGCCACGAUCGGCAAUAUAGCGCUGGAGCAAAACAUGUCUGUCGAAGAUGUCCUAACCGAUGGACCUGGUCUAGUCUUCGUCAUCUAUCCGCAAGCGCUAGCCAAGAUGCCAGCUUCUCAACUCUGGGCUGUGCUAUUUUUCUUUAUGCUGGUCUGCCUUUCGUUGAACAGCCAAUUUGCCGUUGUUGAAGUGGUCGUUACGUCGAUACAAGACGGUUUCCCGAAUUGGGUGAAGCGUCACCUUCUCUGCCACGAAGUGCUGGUCCUGCUCAUAUGCGUCGUUUCGUUCUUAUUUGGACUGCCGAAUAUUACGCAGGGCGGUAUUUAUUUCUUCCAACUGAUAGAUCAUUACGCCGCGUCGAUGUCUAUCAUGUUCUUGGCGUUCUUCGAAGUAAUUGCCAUCUCGUGGCUCUACGGCGUGCGCCGGCUGUGCAAUAACGUCAAGGAGAUGACCGGACGCUUGCCUUCGUUGUACUUCCGAUUCUGCUGGUUCCUCGCCGCGCCUCUUCUCAUAAUGGCUGUAUGGGUGUUCAGCUUGAUUGAUUAUGAGCCGCCGACCUACCACAACGAUGACUAUACGUAUCCAUGGUGGGCAGAAGCGAUCGGAUGGAGCAUCGCGUCUCUCUCCCUAAUUUGCAUUCCCGCUUUUGCCGUUUACGUAUUCGUCAGAGCGGAUGGUGUCACGUUUGCCGAAAGACUCAAAAAUUCCAUCAAACCACACUUCGAGGCAUGCAAAGUGUGCGGACAGGAAUACUGCAUGGAGCCCAUGCACAAUCUACCAGAGGACAUGCUCAAGGAGCCGCAAACCGAUGUGAAUACACCCAUACAACUGAAUUCGCACUAUCAGAUGAAGCCUCAAACGUGAUAACAUUUAUCGACUCGCAGGAAUAAUCUGUUCACGGUUGCACUCCAUAGGUUGCGAAGUCACUUUGAGGAAUAAUUAAUAUUUAACAACAAACGUUCGUUCGUGUACUUUUAUCGUCGGUUAUUACGAUAGCUGUCGCGACAGUCAACAUUCCGUUAUUUAUAGCCUUAUUAUAAGUUAAUGGUAAUCACUUACGGAAGUCAUUAGGAUAAGAAUAUUAUCUGUUACCUUCUAUAAAAUGUUAUUACUUCUCAGCGAGAAAUGACUCAUCGAAUUGAUGUCAAAUGGAUGUCAAAUCGACAUCGAUACGAUGAUUUCGACAUUAAUUCGAUUCGACGUCUAAUUGAUGAUUAUUUCUCGCUGGGUUCUUGUAAACUCUUUACGCCAUUGUCAUGUGAUAGACUAUAUAGACAAGCACUGAUUCGACAUAGGAGUAUAUUUCUGUAUAUAUCGCAAUCGAUACGCAAUAUAAUAUGUAUAAAACACACACACACACACACACACAC